UGACAAAUCGGUUGUGUUAGGGAAUGGGUGGUGUCGAUAAUAGUCAUUGGAAGCCUCGUCGCACGAAGGGUACCGUAAUAUACAAAACAAGAAACCAAUUCGCUUGGGCUGUGGUAGCGGCCGGUACCGUGCUUUUCGCGACGUUUUACACGGUCGUGAGUUACUUUGGUGGCGAUGAUCUGCAGCAUCGUCUGAAGAGAGACUUUUUCGAAAAGACUGAGGAAGAGGUGGACCGCAAAAAUCUGAUGCGAGUUAGUUUGAUCGCACCUAGGCGAGGAGACUCCAUCCGGAAGUUGCUUGAGGAAGAAAAAGACGAUCUAACAAGGAAGUAAAGAUGAGUAAGCGGUUAAAGUACGCCAAGUUGAGGCUUGCCAAACCGGCUGCAGACAAUCCUCCAUCACAUGGCGCUGGCGUUGAGGAAGUGAAGACUACGGGCCUUUUGGAUGUUGGGUAAUGCUACGGGAGAUUAGGGUGAA